AUGGGCGCGUCUCAUCACAGCUGGGUUACAAGCUCAAACAGGGGCAGAGGCUUAUACGCGAUUAUUUUUCUGCUGUUUGCCGCUACAUUGCUGAGGCUGCUUGUACCGUGGCAGAAUGUAGCUGACUGGACAUAUCAGCAGGGCAGAUGGGGAUUAUGCAAAUGCGCAGGCUUGGGUUGCGACGUUGCUACUGGGCACGGCAACAGCAUCACAGCCGACGAUAAUGCUGAACCGUACCUAAUCGGUGUGGGAAAGGCCGACAUUACCGGUCCUGUGGUUGAGGUGAACCUGAUGGGCUAUGCAGACCCAAAACAGGUGGGUAGCGGAUUACGUCAUCGCCUCUUUUCACGGGCUUUCAUCGUGGGCGAUCCGAAAGUACCGGCCGACCGGUUUGUGUAUUUGGUGCUGGACACCCAGUCGGGCGAUACGGCGGUGCGAUAUGGAAUCCUGGAGAAGCUGCGGAGCCUGGGGCCCGAGUAUUCCGUGUAUGGCCAGCAUAACAUCGCGGUCACUGGUACUCAUUCGCACUCUGGCCCCGGAGGCUGGCUGAACUAUCUACUGCCACAGAUUACCAGCAAAGGGUUCGACCAUCAAGGCUUUCAAGCAAUAGUUGACGGUGCGACUCUGUCCAUUCAGCGUGCGCAUGAGAGCAUCCAGCCGGGUUACCUUGACGUCGGUUCGACGACAGUUCGAGGCGCAAACAUCAACCGCAGCCUGUUUGCCUAUUUAGCCAACCCCGAGUCCGAGCGAGCGCGUUACAACCAGAGCAGUACCUCGGACGGGACGGGAGAUGAUGGCUCGGUCGACAAGGAGCUAACGCUGCUCAAGUUCCAGCGGGCUUCGGACGGGAGAAACAUCGGCGUGUUGACCUGGUUUCCAACGCAUGGCACCUCUAUGUUGGGCAACAACACUCUGAUUACCGGCGACAACAAAGGGGUGGCUGCGUAUCUCUUCGAGAAGAGCGUCCACAAAAGCGACAUUGCAGCCCCGGGCUUUGUUGCCGGCUUUUCCCAAGCCAAUGUUGGCGAUACGAGUCCCAAUGUUGGCGGUGCCUGGUGUGAGGAUGGCUCCGGGCUGCCGUGCAGCUUCGAGAACAGCACCUGCAGAGAUGGAAAAGCCCAGCAAUGCCACGCCCGCGGGCCUCGCUUCCGUGACGACGACACCGGAACAGUGUCGUGCUUUGAGAUUGGCCGGCGACAAUUUGAGUCGGCUCGCGCGUUGUAUGACCAGCUAGUGAAGGAUCCACGACGUGUGCUUAGAGGCUCGGUCAAGUCGUUUCACACCUUCCACAACAUGUCUGACUUUACGUUUGUGCUCGCCAAUGGCAGCUUGGCCUCGACGUGUCCUGCUGCUCUCGGAUAUUCCUUUGCUGCCGGCACAUCCGACGGCCCUGGCGCUGUCAAUUUCACCCAACACGACUCCGAUCCAUCCAACACUUCGCCGGUCUGGCGUGCCGUAUCGUACCUCGUCAAAGCUCCGUCCAAGGAGCAGCGCCGCUGUCAUGAGCCGAAGCCGGUCCUGCUCGAUGUUGGCGAGCUGCACACGCCGUACCAGUGGACGCCGAAUGUUGUCGAUGUGCAGGUCUUGCGAGUCGGACAGCUCGUUAUCAUCGUCAGCCCCGGCGAGGCCACCACGAUGGCCGGACGUCGCUGGAGAGGCGCAGUAGCCGAUGCUUGUGCGGCCUUAUUCAGAGAAGAAGAAGAAGACGAGAUGCAGCCCGAUGGAAAGAAGAGGUCUUCCCCUGUCGUUGUUCUCGGCGGGCCGGCUAACAGCUAUACGCACUACAUCACGACCGAGGAAGAAUACGGCGUGCAGCGCUAUGAAGGUGCGUCCACGCUGUACGGACCGCACACCUUGGAGGCGUUUAUCAACGUCACCCUCUCUUUCCUGCCAUACCUCUCGGCUUCAUCCGAGGGACCACCGCCGCAUGACGUCGAUUCGUACCCGCCGGACAAUAGGAACAGGUCGCUGUCGUUUAUCACAGGCGUAAUCCGGGAUGCCCCACCUCUAUUUAAGGCAUUCGGCGACGUGACCCAUGACGUGGGCCGUUUCUAUGGCCGUGGAGCUUGGGUUCAGAGCAAGUUCGUCGGCGCCAAUCCUCGCAAUAAUCUUCAUCUCGAAGGGUCUUUUGCAACUGUCGAAAGGAACACGGGUGUUCCCGGUGCCGAAAAGUGGGUAACGGUGCGCGACGACAGCGACUGGAGUCUGGUGUACAAUUGGCGACGGACCAGCGAGAUCCUUGCGACGAGCGAGGUCGAGAUUGUCUGGGAGACUGAAGACUGGGCAGAGCCUGGAACCUACCGGAUCCGUUACCGAGGCGAUGCAAAGGCUUUGGGCGGGACGAUUACUCCUUUCGAAGGAGUGACGAGCCCUUUUAUUUUGCUGUAA